AUGUCACCAGCCGAGGCGCAAAGUCAUCCAGUUUCUGGUGAAGCAAGCAUUGACCUAGUAAUCCUGCCUGAGGGCUAUGGCCAGACCAAGCAAGUCAACAUAGACCGGCUGGUUGGGCAGAUUCGUGCGGAUCUGGAGCAUGAGCUUAGCAUUCCCGACAAGUCGCUCUUCUUGAUGAACUUGUCAGGUGCUGCAGAGUUCAAGCAAGUGCUCCCUGACGAGAAAUCGCUUAGAGAUUUGGGCUUGAAGCCUGGAGACAGGGCGGGGAUUGAGCUCAGAAUCAACUACUACCAGGAACAAGCAGCCGAGGAGUACGUCAUGCCCGACUGCCUCGAGCUGAAAGUGGUGAACGAUCGCGGCGAGGAGCGGAUCAUUUCGGUCCACGUGCAGCGACCCGUCAUGGAGAAGCGCCAGCCUCAGUUUGAUGCUGGGAUCGCCAGGUUUCAUCACGCAGUGACCCAGACUGCACCAAUCCAGAAGAAGGAUGUGCACAUCAUCCGUUUCCAUCGCGAGGCACAAACCUACGAGUACCGAACCCGAUCUACGCAGUGCAAGCGCGAGGCUGGCACGCAGAUGGAGAAGGUGGGCUUGUACGUGGAUCAGCGGGAUGAUGUGGUCAUGAAGCCACGGCGGCCGUACUUCAGCAGCGCAGACAAGGCGGUGCGAGGAGAGUUCUGGGCGGACUUCAUGUCUGGAGCGGCGCUGGUUCUUGAAAAGCAACUCGGAUGUAUUUGGCAACUCUGGAUCACGAAGCCAAGCCUGGUGGCCCUGCUUUGGUAUGCUUUGGUCACUAAGGAGCGCGAAGAAUUGGAACAAAGAGAGGCAGAACGCCUGCAGCUGGAGGCAGAUCUGAGACACAAGCGUGAGGUGGAGAGGCGCAUGCAUCCUCUCACUCCGGAGGACUUCAAUGUGCUCUACAAAGAGUUGGAGGCCUGGCGGGUGAACGAGGCAGCUCGAAUCCAGAACUCCGGAUUUGACGAGGCCACUCGCCGUGCUGCGCAAUAUGAGCUGCUGCGGAAGGAGACCAAACUUUUACAGACCAUUGACAAGCUGAAGAUCAAGGCACACUCCCAAAAUCGGGACAGCAAGAUCAAAGGAAAGCUAGAGUCAAUGGCUCAACCGAAAGUUUGGCUACAGACGGAUGGUGAGACCACCACAGUGCAUACGCCUUUCACAACUCGUGCCAAGGACAACAUGGGAUGUUUCAAGCGACGUCUCACGUGGAUUUCGGAAAGAGUGGAGAGAGGAAUUGACAAUGCCGUGGUGCAAUCUUGGCACUUAUUUAUCUUAUUUGCCAUCCUUUGCCAUCCUUUGUAA